AUGACAAAUUGUGCGUCAUGUGUAUCACGCCGUCGUAGCGAUAACAUAUUCGAUCCGAUCGAUACUACGACGACCACAACAGUUUUACCUCAAAAUAAUAUUGUUCAACAAUCGGCGAAUAUUGAUAUUACCGUUGGUAAUUGUAAUCAUAAUACGUCAGCGAAUGUUAUUAAAUCAUCUCAGGAUCUAUCCACUAUUCAACCGCCUACGGCUAGCUUAACGAAUGUCACUACAAAAGGAUCUAUGAAUUUUGUUACGAGAAUUAGUAAAAUUAUUUUGAGAAAACGAGCACCUAAAAAUAGUGCCAAUGGGUAA